AUGAAUCACCAGACAAAAAAGAUAAUCCAGAACCUAAAAAAGAUACACCACCCAAAUCUUCUGAACCAACCCCUGAGGAAAAAUCUGCCACAACCAAAUUGAAUCAAGCCAAAGGAAGUGAUAAUAAAGAUGAGAUAGUAAAUAUCCUUAAUGAAACCAGAGACACCGCAACAAAUAGUCAAAUUGAUAAGGAAGAAUUAAGAAGAAUUGUUAAAGAAGAAGUAACCAAAGAAUUACAAAAAUUUGGAGAGGUUAAAAGAAUUAGAACCGAAGUUUUAAAUGAGGCAGGAAUGACCCGCCUCGACCUUUUAAUUGCCGAAGUCGAGCAGGUCAUAAAAUCAGGCGAUGCUAAGCAGAUUAAAACCAAGGUGGAAAAAUUAAAACAGUUUACCGAGGACACUUCUGAUGAGCAUGCUCAAAAUGCUUAUCUUCAGAAAAAAGAUAUUGUUCAAGGAUUAUUCUCCAAAGCCGAAAAUAAAUCUAAUUUAAGUAAUGAGAAAGGAUUUUUUCGUCUCAACAACCCGCUAAUAUGGAUUUCCGGAGUAGCCAUAUUGCUAGUAGUUGGGAUAACUUUCAUAGUUAAGCAAGCCAUUGUCAAGUCUAUUCAGCAUGAUUUUCAACAAGCCAAGGCGGUUAUUUUUUACAAUUUUCAUCAGGCUGAAAAUCAAGAACUCUUCCAAUUAAAAAAAGAAUUAAAAAAAGUUGGUGAUGAUGAGUACAAACCAUUAAGCAUUCUUAACCAGUUUAAUAAAGAACAUUCGGGUAUCAAACGAUUUCAAGGUG